UCCUCUGUAGGAGAGAAAAAAACCGACUCGAUAAGGAAACAGUUCCGGGUGUGUUUGACUCUUCCCUGCUUUGGCUUCUCAACUUUUUAUUUUGCAGUUGUGUUAACAUUAAAAAUGAGGAGUUAAUGCAGGAAUAAGAAGAAAACCAGACGUUUGGAAGAAGUUUUUAAAGUUGCGAAGAAGAAGAAGCAGAUGGAGGUGGCAGAGCAGAGAGAAGACGGAAUGUGGCGACAUCCAGCACCACAGAGGAAGAAACUCCUCCCACGAAAUCAAACAGUAACUGCAACCAUGCCGACAACAGUGCUAACUCCAAUCCAGCUGAGGCCAAACCUGAGGUCACCAUGGAAAUGGGGGAGGGCAAAGACCUCCCAGUGACACCACAGAAACCAGGAAGUGGACCUGUGGUUGUUCAAGCCAACAACAAGAACCCAGCGAGCGAGAAGCUGGAGAAAGUUCGCAAGUGGAGCAUCACCACAUAUAAAUGUACCAAACAGGCGCUGUCGGAGAAGCUCGGUCGUGGAUCUCGUACGGUGGACCUAGACCUUGAGCCUCGCCUCGAGCUGCUCAGAGACGACCGACAACGCUAUGAACACAUGACCAAGCUGGCUCAGACACUGGCCAAUCAGCUUGCUCAGCUCUCAGUGACACAGAAGACCCUGGGGGACACCUUCACGGAGCUCAGCCUCAAAACGCCGACACUCAAUGUGGAGUUUGGUGCAAAUGCAGAGGCUCAGAAGUUUCUGUCAAAAAGUGGCGAGACUCUGACAGCGGCCAUUAAUUCCUUCACGUCUGACAUGAACACGCUGGUCAACAAAACCAUCGAGGACACCAUGAUCAACGCCAAGCAGUAUGAAGCCGCCAGGAUUGAGUAUGAUGCGUACCGAGUUGAACUGGAGGAGCUGAACCUGGGGCCUCGGGACACCGUCACCAUGCCCAAACUGGAGCAGGCCCAGAAAGCCUUCCAGAUCCAGAGGGAAAAGUACCAGAAGAUCAGGGAUGACCUGUCCGUUAAAGUCAAGCUGCUGGAGGAAAACAAGGUCAAAGUCCUCCAUAACCAGUUAUGGCUGCUCCACAGCGCCAUAGCAGCUAACAGUUUAUCAUGUCACAGUUUCCUCCAGCAAAACAUCCAACAGGCUGGAGAAAACUUCAGCAACCCCAGCAUGGAAGCUCCCUCCUGGCUGGAGGAAAGUUGACCCAACAAAACAGCAAUGAAAAUUCACCAAAUGGCAGGUGGACAGAUGUGGGUUUGGUGGAUAUUUUGGGAUUCAUGGAAGCUAGUGUGGGAAAAUUUUAGGAGAAGCUUGAAUUGGGAAAUUCAGACUAGAAAUGUUCAAAUGUAUGUGAAAUUCUAGGAUAACUAGUUAGGUAAGCAGGUAGUUUAUUUAUACAAGAGUGGAAUUUGAUUCUGUGGGUUUGGGAUGGAUUUCCAGUAUCUGGAAAGCUUUGGAAAACUCAAGUGUUUGCCACAGAUGAGUGGUUUAGAGGGGACUUGGGAAGUUCAGUGAGUUUUUUUCCGGCUCUCAAAACGUUGUAGAACUGUAUAAAAGUCUUGGAAAGUUUUGAACAUUUUUCUUAGUAUUCUGAAAUUCUGAUUAGGACCAAAGGUUCUCAAGAACUCCCUCUUUCUAUACCAUACAUACCCUCACAGAUAUACAGUACUUAUGACUUCUGACCUGUUUAACAAGCACACACAUAUACAUAUGUACCCCUCCUGGUUUUCCUUCCUCUGUGUCAGUGUGUUGGGGAGUAAAUCCAUCUAAUCCUCUGUGAGGCACUAAGCCUUUCUUUGAACUUUAAAAAUCCUCAGCCACUGCAGUCAGAAACUCACAGCGACUAAAAGUCCCUCGACACUUCACUGCUGGAAAAUAGCUUCACUGUUCAUAAGGGCUGGUAUGUUCCUCAAUUCUGCACCACUUCAUUCAUCUUUUAUUGAAUCUUUGGCUUCCCUUGUUCUUUUUUAUUAGCGAAGAAAACAUUCAGGCAGCAGCUUCUCAUUGACUGUCACUUAUGCUGGUUUAGAUACGUCUAAUAUUAAAUACAUCUACCGUCUCAUUCAUAUUUGAUAAAAUGCUACCAAACCCCAACCAUAGCACCAACUGGUUAUGUGUUGUGGAAAGACUGAGAUGGUUGACUCAUUGAUAGAUGUAGUUCCAGAACCAUUUCAAUCCAGUCAUUUCUAUCUCUGGUUAGUGAUGAGCCAAAAAGUGUUGCUAUACAUCAACGAUGUUGUCUCAUUCAUUGGUAAACAAAGGAUGGUUGUAGCCAGUCUUUCAGGCAACAUUUCAUCAGUAGCCAACAUGUUAGGGUUUAUUUACCAUCUGUCCAAUCAAACGCUAUAUCAUCAUCAGUCCAUAAGCUUUUUUAAAAAGUUUAAACCUCAACUUGUUAAGUUGCUACACAGAUACAAUGUCAACAGAACCAUCAUUAAACUUUAAAACCAGUAUAUUCCGUUAACACACCAUGCAGUUUUGCUUAAAAGGUUUUGAAUCACGUAAGUGAGUUUUUUCAGUUUAGCUAAAAAUGCUAAAUAAAUGUGCCUUCUUUUUCUAUUCAAGACCAAAAAUUCACUUUCUGUCUGUUGUUGUAACCAUUUGGUGGCCAUAAUAAUGGAAACACCUUAACGAUUUGAUGCAACCAAAUGUAACAGCCAGACAUUUGUGAAGCUUAAAUGUUAUGCUUUUGUUCAAUCUGGGUCAAAGAGGUUUAAAAUCAACUUAGUGAAUUUUGAGGCAAUAUUGAAUCAGCUUGUUAAAUAUUCCAGUUAUUGUAUCCACCUACUGUAUUUUCUUGCACUCUUUGCACUCUAAAGCAUAAUCUGCCUUAACUGUUUCCCAUGAUAAUAUGUGACCAAAAAUGUUUUGUUAACUUGUAUGAUUGUGUUUUUGUUUGUGUCACUGUACCUCAGGCCUGACAACAACAAAAACAACAGCUAUGCAGUGAGUGUGGAUGCUUUUGUGCAAUAAUGUCCCAAAAACCUUCUUGCCUUAAAAAGGAUAUUUACACUGCCAUUUACCUCUUUCUUUCCUUGUGUCCUGUAAAACUGUCCCAUCUGUAUUAAAUUUUGUCUUAAAAGGAA